CCUUACCCUCGUCCCUCCUUCACUCUUUCCCCUCAGCCCACCAUGCCCAAAGUCACCGUCCCCCACCCUCCCCCAAGCGCCGCGGAGGCGACGCCCCCAGCUCCGUUGACCGACGCGCAGGCGGAGAUGCACAAGACGGUGCUCGAGCACUUCACCGCGGCGGACUACAAGCUGCCGCCGGGGCCCGCGGGGGAGAAGCUCCACGGGUGCGACUUGGGGGACAAGGCGGGGGAGUACGGGGCAAGGAGGGAGUUUGGGCCGGAGUUGAUCGAGGAGGAGAGGUUUUGGCUGAGCUGGGAGUGUGUGCAUCGGUAUCUGCGUGCUACGAAGUGGAAGACGGACCAGGCCAUACAGAGGUUGGAAGCGACAUUGCGGUGGCGUCGCGCCUUCGGGAUAUACGACAUCGUGAACGCGAAGCAUGUCGAGCCCGAGGGCGUCACUGGCAAGCAGGUCCUCUUCGGGUACGACGCGCAGCGUAGACCGGGCCUCUACCUCCUCCCAAGUCGACAAAACACGGACGAGUCCCCGCGCCAGAUCCACUUCGUCUUCUGGUUCCUCGAGCGCACCCUCGAGCUGAUGGGCCCCGGCGUCGAGUCUCUCGCCCUCCUCAUCAACUUUGGCGACCGCGGGAAGCAUCCGUCCAUGCGCACCGCGAUGACCGUGCUCUACAUCCUCCAGGAGCACUACCCCGAGCGCCUCGGCCGCGCGCUCAUCAUUCGCAUCCCCUUCCUCGUCUCCGCCUUCUUGAAGAUGAUCAUGCCGUUCGUGGACCCCGUUACACGCGACAAGAUCCGUCUGAACCCGUCGCCGGUGAAGGAGGGCCUUUUCGCGCCGGAGGAGAUCAUGACGGAGGCAUGGGGAGGCAAGGCGGAGUUCGAGUGGAAGCACGAGGAGUACUGGCCUGCGCUGAUUGGGAUGUGCGAUGCGCAGAGGGAGAGGUGGACGCAGGCGUGGAAGGAGCUUGGAGGCACGGUGGGCGUCAAGGAGUGGGAUUACAAGACGAGGGAGGUUGGGGCGGCUCCAAUUGCAAGUGAUGCGACGACCGUGUCUGUCAAAGCGGAUGCGGAGGAUGCUGCUCCCCAGGUCACUGAGUCGAGCGCGGUGGCUGCUUGACUGACUUGACGGCGUGCCAAAAGCUCAGAGAAGCGUGCCAUAAUAUACCACUCAAGUGCCAUAGAGAUAGACAUAUCAUACAGCUUACUUACUGGUGUCCAAGGAUGAUAAUGGUCAUGCCAUACAUUGAA